CCCCCCCCCCCCCCGACCUUUUAACCGGUUCCCUUGCACCAGCAGAGAGGGGGGAUGCGCCUGCUCCGUCCCUCCUGCAGGAACCUGCGCGCCGCCGCCACUGCCGCUGUCCGCCGUGUGGCCCUGUGACCCCAGUGUGGAGGUGCUGCCCUGCACCUUGCAACGCGGCGGGUGUGUGUGAGGGGACGGGACGUUCCCCCCCUGCAGCUCAGGUUGGAAUCAUGGCCAGUGAACCUGUCAUCCUCAACGUGUAUGAUAUGUACUGGAUCAACGAAUACACCUCCAACCUGGGUAUUGGAGUCUUCCACUCAGGCAUCGAGAUUUACGGCAGAGAGUUUGCGUACGGGGGCCAUCCGUACCCGUUCAGCGGCAUCUUCGAAAUCAACCCGGGCAACGCCGCUGAACUGGGAGAGACCUUCAAGUUCAAGGAGGCCAUUGUUUUGGGCACCAGCGACUUCACAGAGGAGGACAUCGAUAAAAUCAUGGAGGAGCUCGGUAAAGAGUUCAAGGGGAACGCCUACCAUCUGAUGCACAAAAACUGCAACCACUUCUCGUCCUCGCUCUCUGAGCUGUUGUGUGGACGGGAAAUCCCUCGCUGGGUGAACAGGCUGGCCUACUUCAGCUCCUGCGUCCCCUUCCUGCAGAGCUGCCUGCCCAAGGAGUGGUUAACCCCGGCCGCGCUGCAGAGCCACAUCAGCCUCGGCCUCCGCAGGGAGGACCAGAACGAGUCCAGUGACGAGGACCGCGCGUCCCCGUCCGGCGCCGCCGCCUCCACCGGCUCGGGCUCCUCCCACAGCUGUCGCCACACGAGGGUGUAAGCCGCCCCGCGGCCGCACCCCCCCCUUGCCCACGCGCACAAACACACACUCGCUGACCUCUGGGCCGUUCCUGCUGCCACCGCUAGUGGCUCACGUGGCAUUAGUAUAGGCUCGAUCAACCGCCUGACCUCAUACUGUUUGUCCUCUGAGUGGAGAGGCAGGAAAAGAAGGGUCUCCUCUCCGUCAAGAGAGCUGCUGCCGGGGACCUCAGACCUGCCGCAUGGAGACCCAGCCUGUCCCUUCGGCGACGAACUCUGACCUGAGGCUCUGACGCUCUGAGGCGCGGACGCGUGGCUCGGACCUCGACGACGACCACUUGGACAUCUGAAAGUUUGUAGUCUGUUCUUCUUAGUCUUUUUCCAUGAACCUUUAAACCUCUGUCAGCCUUGCUCCCUGCCCUGCCUUCAGAGCUGCUUUUGUAGAACUGACUAGAGCGACAACCUGAGACCACUGACGGUGACGUCGCCGGGGCCUCACCCGCUCUCGUUCAAUAACCUCGAUGUGGCCUUUCGGUUGAUAUUGUUGACUCAUUCGUGCGGAGCUGUAGUUGUACAUUGGCCGUUGUAGAAGGUGAAGCUGGCUGAAGAGGAUGUGACAGCCCCCCCCCCCCCGGUUCGAAUGUUAAAAUUGCAUGUUGAAAGAAUCUGAAAAAACCCAUCAAACUACGCUGAAACGCUACAUUUCUGAUCAUAUCCUCGAGUAUUUCUUCUUUUCUCCUCCAUUUUGUAAAACAAUCGAAAAAGACACUUGUUUUAAACAGCAAACUGGCAGCUACAGUUCGCAGCCAGUGUAACCGGCUCAUUGACACUUAAAAACAGAAUUCUUUUUAGUUAAAAUAGUCGCUGUUCAUACAGCCUCGGUCACUGUCUGUGAACACCUCAGAGACACAAACACAAAGGGAAUCAAGCUGCUACACUUUGGAUCCAGUGCAGUUUUUUGUCUACGCUUUUAUAUCCAAAUGGUAUUUAUAUCAUAAUGGUGCGAUUUACUUCCAGGCUACGAAAAAUGUUUACCCAGAGAUUGUUCCUGGGAAACACUGAUCUAAUUUUUUUUCCGUUGUUAAACUGGCAAAAGAAACAACCUGAGCUGCCAUGAGCAAGAAAAGCAGCAAUUCAGUAUUCCAACUUUGUAUUUCAGUAAUUCUUGAGAGAAUAGUUCAAGGAAGUACGUUUAGUUGCUUCCCUGCAGAGAGCUGGACAAGAAGAUCGAUAUCACUCUCAUGUCUGUACAGUAAUUAUUAAGUUACAUCCAGGAGAAUAAGAGUAUUUCCCACAAUGCUAAACAAUUUCUGUAAAACCAUAUUUUUAUUUUAUGAUUUAUUUCAACUGUAAACUGAUAAAACAGAUACAAAGCUUUUUAAGGAUCGAGAUCGAACCCUUUUUAUGAAAUUGCUCAUGGUGUCAGAGGUCGGGUUUGUUGCAGUGAGUAGAUGGGAUCAUCGUGGAGGGGAAAAUAUGAUGUCAUAAAUUGUGGAUUACAGCAUGCGUUACCCCCCCCCCCCCCACCCACCCACACACACACACACACACACACACACACACACACUUAUAUUGACGAUGGUGGUGAUUAUCAUGACAUUGAUGACAAACAUCAGGCUCCUUGUAGUUUUACUCAGCUCCCUGUCGCUUGCUUUUCUUGAUUCAUCAAACAAGGCCACGUGUGAUUCGAUUCGUUUUCCCAUCCCUCCUGCUGUGGUGUGUUCAUUGACAACUUGCCUUUCUCAGGAAGGAAACCACACGACUUUUUAAUGGCGACACUUGGCUCAUUUUCUGCCGAACACCGUGAUAAACGGGGCCUGGAAGUGCAAACAAAUCAUGUGAUGUCUUCAUGUUCUUGAAUAAGCUAUAUACCCUUAUUUAUUUUUUGAUGUCGUCAGGCAUUUCAACAAGUGUUAUUGUGUUCAGAUUCUUUGUUCGAUAUUUUUGAGUUGACGGGGGCUGUACGGUGAUCAGUAUCUCAUUCCCAAAAUUUCUUUGGGACUUUUUACAGAGCAGAAAAGACAGGUUUUAUUUUAAUGUUAUUUUCUAUUGUACUGUUUCAACCUUAAUCUUGUAUUUUCUUCUCCUAACCCAGGACAAUUUCAAGAAUGAUGAUAUAGUACUAGAAUAAAGAGAUGGAUUACCACAA